AUUAGAUAUAGUAUAAAUGUAUAAUCUUGAAUAUUCAUUCAUUCAUAAAUCAUGAUACGCUCCAACACUGGGUGUACCCCUCUUAAGGCUGUGACCACUCACAAUUGUAUCACACGAGUAAUAUCUUAUGCAUUAAUCCACCCAUAUUUAUAUCUCCUUUUUAAAAUUUAAAUCCAAUUAAAGUUGACUAAAUGUUCCUUAUAUCACUCCCCCACUUGUCCUUUUCAAAUUACAUUUAUACCCAUAAUGGGUCAAACGUGUUCUGACCCAAUCCCAAUAUUCCAAAAAUACCCUUCAAUCCAACUCCGUUUCAUUCAAACUACCAAGGGUAUUUCCGUCUUUUCACUACCAUUCAAAAUUAUCUCAGAAUCCCGCUCACAAUUUCAAAAUUUCAAGAAAAAUUAAAAAAAUGAAAAAAUUGUCUGCAAAUUUACAAAACCCUUCACCAUAAAAGCUGCUUCUCUUCCUCAUUUUGAACUUCGCCAUUUUCUCUCUCCUACUUUCUCUCUCUACCCUUUUGCUCAACUCAGUUUUCUCUCCCUUCUUCUUCAUCUCCUCCUCAAAAAUUUCAGUUCUAAUUCUUAUUUUCUGGAGGAAUUUCAUUGGCUUGGAUUGAAAAAAAUUCAGGAAUUCAAGCAUAAAAAAAUGCCUACACCAUCAAGAGAUAGAUUAGCAAGACAUGUGGAUAUAUCUGCUCUGUACCGGGGAGCUGCCCGGAGAGUUGAUCUUAUUGUCGAUCAACCCGGGCUUACUUGGACUGGGUUAUCUGGAGACGGGCCUCGAAAUGUUUCAGGUGGUGGUAGUGUAUCGGGUCGAAGAGCUGGGAUUGGGCGAGGCUGGUAUACACAGAGGCAACUGCAGACAGGCCAGGAAAACAGAACUCCAAGGACGAUGGCUGGACGACGUUAUGGCGGUUCCCGAGGCAGGGGAAGUAGGUUGCCUUCAUGGUAUCCAAGAACCCCUUUAAGGGAUAUCACUGCUAUUGUGAGGGCCAUUGAGAGGAGGAGAGCUGAGCUGAAUCAAACCACUGAAGAACAGACUAAUACAGAGACUGCAACGGCACCAAAUGCUGAGACCGAGCAAGAAAUUGGUUCCCAAACGCCCCUCCCUACCAUUUCAGUAAAGCCUCAACCCUCACCAGCCACUAAAGUAUGGCAGAUCACACCUGGGAAUGCUGAUAACUACAAGACAGGUUCUGAUUUCAUGACCCCACAGAAAAGACUACUAAAUUCGAUUGAAAAGGUUAGGGAAGUUUGGCUGGAGGAUCGAAAGAAACUAGAGAAGACUCCUGCUGCCAAGAGGGCAGAAAGAGAAAAGAAGGUGCGUACAUUGAUGUCGAUGAGAUGACCCAUGGAGUAUGCCCAGAUGGGAAGGGAGUUUUGUGCACUUUCAAGUUCAGAGUGAUGGGAACGAGUUGAAAGGAGGACAAUGGCCACAGGCGAUCAUCUUCUGAUGAUCCCAUAUCCUAAUACUAUUACUACUAUCCUUCAGCUUUGCUUGUGCUAUAGCUCACAGCAACUAGUUUAGCUAUACUUGCAGCUAGCUUUCACCGCAUGUAGUUUACCAGUUUAGCUAUGCUUGUAGCUGUGGUAGGCAGCAUGUAAGCUUAGCUAUGAUUUAGCUAUCAUAACUGACAUUUACUGCACUUCACUUCUAGUGAAGUUCAGAAGCAAACUAUUACUGCUAGGUAAAUACUAGUAUUAGCUGUUAGCCUCUGCUGACAUUGUAGUGUAAGAUGCGCAGCAAAUUUUGCAUUUUUGGCAGCUUAGUUGUUGCAUAACAGCAAUGCUUGUUGCUUUAGGAAUAGAGGAAACUGGAGCACUCCAUGUAAAUGAGAGGUUGGAUUAGUUUUUGUUUCAUCUGAUAACAUUGUAAAGAUUGAUUCUUAGUAUAAUUGAAGGAAAAAAUUCAUGUA